CGCGAUCAAUCAACUAAUAACCAUAAAAUCAUGAAGUUCCAGCUCCUAUCUCUCGCUGCUCUUUUUUCUGUUGCUCUGGCGGCACCCACCGCCGAAACCUCUGCUGAACUAAAUGUGGCGGAUUUCGCUACUCCAGUCGAAGCCAGGGACAUUUCCCCCGAAGCGCUGGGUCUCGUGAAGCGCGCCGUGCGCUGCUAUAUUGUCAAUUCUAGCUCCGGCACUGUCAAUUGCCGUUCUGGCCCUGGAUUCGACUACGGUGUCGUGGGAAGUGUCACUGUUGGAUAUAGCUAUCCAUUCAAUUGCUACAAGUCGGGUGACUGCUACGAGGGGAACUGCACCUGGGAUCAGGUUCCCUUGUCCGGUGGUGGUGUUUGCUACGUCAAUGGCUACUAUACUGAUAGCAAGUGUACAGUUGCUGCUCUCGGAAAAUGCUGAAUACCUGGUAGCCAAUGUGUUAUAGGUGGAAUGGAAUGACACACACUGGGGCCGUUUCUGGGAGAUUAUUUUAGGGGAAGCUGCGAGAACGUUGACAUUUCGAUGUGCAUGUCUAGUCUAGGAUCUAGCAGAACUGAAAUAAUUCAACGGUCAU